UUUAUUUUGUUUUCAUAAGAAUCCCAAUUUCACGUCGUCGUUUCGCUUCGCUCCGUUCAGUUUUACAUACUACCACCAUCGAAGUCACAGAGCGGAGACAAAAAGAGAUCAGAUCAAAGCCAAUGAUCGGAGACGUUGAGAAGAUGAUCGCGGUGGGCCUCGUUUGGGGCGCCACCAACGCCCUAAUGCGCCGCGGCGCUCUCCUCUGGGACCAAGCCCUCAAAUCCUCCUCCUCGGCCCAGGCCCAGGCCCAGCCCGGCAGAAUUCACCACAAGCUUCUCACUUCCAUCAAGAGCUGGCUCAAGCUCCUCUCAAUCUGGCAGUACACAGUCCCCUUCUUCGUUAACCUCUCGGCCUCCGCUACUUUCUUCGCUAUACUCAGCCACACCCCAAUCUCCUUGGCCGUGCCCGUCACCAAUGCGACGACGUUUGCCGCCACUGCCGUCUUUGGGUGGCUCUUGGGGGAACAGACCCACCUCGGCCUCGCUUUGUUCGGUCCUUGUUUAGUCAUCAAUGGAAGGAGAAAGAAUUUGAACUCUAUUUGAAAAGUACGUGAAAGUGAGUUUUUCAACACCUCCCCUGCCUGGGAUCUUUUCAUCCACAUUUCUAUAUUAUCACCUUGAAAAUAGCUGAUUUGAAUUAAGAAUAAUGAAUCUGAGACACAAAUUUUUAGGGUUUUUAUGAAGUUUGUAUCUUGCCCAAGUUAGUAAGUAACUUACAUAGUAGGCUGUUACCGUCCCUGCGGAA